AAAAAAGGGGGGGAAGGAGAGAGACUCCCCCCCGCCCCGUCCUCCCAGCCUUCUCUCCAGCGAACCCCGAUUGCUUCCUGCUCCCCUCCCUUUCCCUCCUGCAUCCCCCUCCUUUACCCCCCCAACCUACCCCUCCCCCCAAUCCUUCCCCCCUCCCCCUUCCAUUCCGCCCCCCAAGAUGGGCUGUUUAGGGAACAGCAAGACUGAGGAUCAGCGCAACGAAGAGAAGGCGCAGCGAGAGGCCAACAAGAAAAUCGAGAAGCAGCUGCAGAAGGACAAGCAGGUCUAUAGGGCCACGCACCGGCUCCUUUUACUGGGUGCUGGUGAAUCUGGUAAAAGCACAAUUGUCAAACAGAUGCGGAUCUUGCAUGUGAAUGGAUUUAAUGCAGAGGAGAAAAAAAUGAAAAUUCAGGAUAUUAAAAACAAUAUUAAAGAAGCUAUAGAGACAAUAGUGACAGCAAUGGGAAACCUGGCACCUCCAGUUGAGCUAGCCAAUCCAGAUAAUCAAUUUCGAAUUGAUUAUGUAUUAAACUUAGCAAGCCAGAUAGAUUUUGACUUCCCACCAGAGUUCUACGAACAUACAAAAACGCUUUGGCAAGAUGAAGGUGUGAAAGCCUGCUAUGAGAGAUCUAAUGAAUAUCAGUUGAUCGAUUGUGCACAGUAUUUUCUAGACAAGAUUGACAUAGUCAAGCAAAAUGAAUACACCCCAUCUGACCAGGAUCUUCUUAGAUGCAGAGUUCUGACAUCAGGAAUAUUUGAAACCAAGUUUCAGGUGGACAAAGUAAACUUCCAUAUGUUUGAUGUUGGUGGGCAAAGAGAUGAACGCCGAAAAUGGAUCCAGUGUUUUAACGAUGUGACUGCUAUCAUCUUUGUGGUGGCCAGCAGUAGCUACAAUAUGGUUAUACGGGAAGACAAUCAGACCAACCGGCUUCAAGAAGCGUUAAACCUUUUCAAGAGUAUCUGGAACAACAGGUGGCUACGGACCAUUUCAGUAAUUCUUUUCCUGAACAAACAGGAUUUACUAGCAGAAAAAGUUUUGGCAGGGAAAUCUAAAAUUGAAGACUACUUUCCAGAAUUUGCUCGCUACACCACACCAGAGGAUGCAGCAACACCGGAACCUGGUGAGGAUCCUAGAGUUACAAGGGCCAAGUAUUUUAUUAGAGAUGAAUUUCUUAGAAUCAGCACAGCAAGUGGAGAUGGAAGGCACUACUGCUAUCCUCACUUCACGUGCGCCGUGGAUACAGAAAACAUUCGGAGGGUUUUCAAUGACUGUCGGGACAUUAUUCAGCGGAUGCACCUUCGCCAGUAUGAGUUGUUGUGAUGGAGAGCACUUUUUUCUCUGUUUUGGACUCCUUAUUCCUUAUUAAAAAGAAAAAAAAAACCUGGCCCACAUAGGGUGGAAGAGAACUAUUGCAAUCUCCCUCUGAUUUGCAUCCCUCAACCUUUUCUCCUUGCUGGACAAAUAGCAGCACUUCUAAGCUUGCUUGCUUCACCCCCUUGGAACAGUUUGAGAUGGCCCACAAAUUGUAGAAGGCCACUUCUGCGAGCAGGGGGAGGGUUUCUCUUAACACUGUCAUUAACAACAACAACAACAACAACAAAUUAAUAACGCCGUGAAGGUGGAGCACCUGAGAGGAUUUGGGAUUAAAGUUAAAUAUUAAAAAGCAAACAAAACAAAAAUGGGAGAGAGAGAGAGAACUUUAGGUAAUUAUAGCACUGCUGUGGGCAUAAUCAUAUAUCCCAUGAUUUCAACUUUGUAUCCAUUCACUGCAUCAGACUAAAGAAGGUGCCAAGUCACAGACCAAGUUGAAAGGACAGGCGCUUGAGUUUGGUUUUCUGCCUCUGAAUGUGACUUUGAGUGGAAAUACUGACAAUUCUACAGCAAACCUAGACAGUACAAACCAACUGCUACCAUGGCGGUCUUAAGGUGAUCGGGAACGUUGCAAAAUGAACUGCACCUAUGGCCUGUGAUUGCAGAAAGAGUUAACCACACACUGUUUUCAGUUUGUCCACUGAUGAUCCUGUCUGCUAUUAAAAAUCAUUAUCUGGACAGUAGUCCUCACAAUCUUCCCUUCUUUCUCUCUUCUUCCCCUCCUCCUCCUAUCUGCCCCCCCACCCCCAUAUGCCUCUUUCUUCCCAAUUUUUAUUUUACUGCUGGAUUAUUAUUCUUGUACAGACUGUAAAAUGUAUUAUUUUGUACAACUUUAUUGAAAAAAAAAUAACUUGUAGAAGAUCUUUGUGCCUUGAUUAUGGCUGUACCUGUGCAAUGAGCUAAGAUGUAAGUAUGUUUGAUUGCGCUGUACAGCUUUGUCAACCCUAUCAGCAGCGUUUGCUCAAGGUAGGGAAAAUUUAUCUGUAGUUUAGGGUUUUUUUUUCUGGUUUAUAAAAGAAGGAGGAAAAAUACUGUUUAGUAUAUUAAAAAAAAAAAGAAGUACAAAUCGUGCAAACUUAACCACUUUAAAAGUGAGGUCUACAACAAGUGACCAGAUGUUGCAGCAUCAUGCUUUUUAAUUUUUAGCUUUAACUCAUUUAAAUCUCUAUCCAAAUGCAAAACAUGGCUUGUUUCUACAUAAACCAAAUUUUGCUACAAAUUAUAAAUGUUAGUCUUUGUCAUUCAUAGUCUUUUUUUUUUCUUUUGGGUGCAAAAAGACAAAAACAGAUCAAAAAAAGCAAAUAUACAGGCAUUGCACCGGCCUCAUGGCCGUCUUUAUGCUGGGUCAGAUACCUUUCUACCUUACACUAUUUCUAUAUGGGCAUAAGACUCCCUUAAUGACAAGAUGUACCUUGCCCCUGGAUUUGGCCACUGAAUUUCAGUUUCAAGUGACAUUUUAUUUCUCUUUUAAUAAAGAGAUACCUUAAAACGUUGUUUUAUAUUAAGUAUAUAAGUAGCUUAAAGUGAAGAUGUGUGGAUUUUUUCUUAAACUUGAAUAAUUUAUGCAAAUUAUAUGCUUAGAACAACGUGGUACAGUAAAAAAAGAGAGCAAAAAUCACUGUAGCAAUAAGAGAGCAUGUAAUUUUAGUAACUACUACACUGCUUUAUAUUUUAUACAGGUGUUUUAUGUCUUUGUGAACAUAUUACUUUUUCAUGUGUCUAAACUACAUGUACAAAUGUGUACAAAGUCUAAAAUUACAGCUAUAAUAACACAUCUAGAACAGUGUUAUCCUAUAUUAAUCAAGCCACCCCUUUGCUCCAUCCAGAAAAAUGGGGUGGAGGGGAGAGGGAAUUGGAUCUUAAUACAGUGAUUAUUAUUUUAAUUGGCAUUUACACACUAGCUUCUUCUUUUUUUUCACUGGACGUCAUAUUAGUUUCUCUGUUAGGAAAACGCCCUGUUUUAGAAACUGCUGUGUCCAAGAAUUUCUACAGGUGCCAGAGGCAUUUUUCACUUUAAAGAACUACAUGUAUUAAGGAUCAUGACAAGGGCAGAGAAUUUUGGGAUUAGAGCUCUAAGUGAGAAAAUUACUUUCCCUGUCUACUUUGACACAUUUAUAACACGUGGACUAAGUGGUGGUUAUGCAUCUCUCCCUGCUAGAAUAGAAACAAUUGCAUUGUCUUUUGCAAAACACACUUCUCGAUGCUGUCACUGCAUGUACUAACGAGUGAACAGCACAUGUUGUGGAGGCUUCUUUUCCCCGUCUCUCCUGCUGCAGUGCCCAAGGUCAACGAGAGCCAAGCCAUGUCUGAUUUUUAAAACCAGCUUGCCUCAUCAGAUGUGGGAGCUGCAGCAGUGUUAAACAACUGAGGAAGCCCUGACUAUGUAUGCAGUUCCCUCAUGCUGCUAUAAAUAGCUCCUUUGGAUUGCAGCCUGGGUCUGCAGUUAAGCCAGUUUUAAAACGUCCAUUUUAAAAUGUUUUCAGAGGAACAGCCUUGUGAACAUUUGGAAGUAGUGGCAAAGCCUGACCCAGAAAUGCAUCUUUGCCAGUAUAAGAUUUUAACUAGUGCCUACUGUUGGGAUUUCAGAGGAAAAGGCACAACACACACAGUAUAAUACUUAAACCUUACUUUUUGUUACGAAAGCCAAAACCUUUUAAAAGUUUAGUGCCAAACCUAUUUUAUUAUCUCUUAAGGCCUUUGUGGGGUGGGGAAGAUGAUAAAAGAACCAAAUAAAUAAUCAGAAAAUGAACUAUUUACAAGGAAUGUAAUAUGUGAUCUGAGAAAAACAAAGCAUUGCCUCUUACAUAGCAAGGGCACCUUCCUUUGGUGAAGAGAAUAAAGCAUAUGUAACAAAGCGUGUGUGUGUGUGUGUGCAUACAUGUACACACACACCAUUAAAAUACACUUCCUAUAAAGCUUUAUAUGAAUGGAAAUGUUUGAUAAUGUUUUUAAAGGUGGGUAUGAGAAUGCAGUGUUCUGAAACGAGCUUGGGCUGCACAUGUAUUGAGAGAGAGUGAGAGAGAGAGAAUGUUUUGUCUUAGUAUUGCCUUUGUUAGUCUGUCUCUAAGUUCGUGCAAUUUGGUGGCCUGGUAAUCACAAGUCUUAUUUUUAACAAUUUUUCUCUUUAUUUUGUUUUUAUUUUUAAUACAAAAAAACCCAUAAAGCUUCAAUACUUGCUAUUUAA